AUGGAUAGCAAUGAGUAUAAAAAAGAAGUUGAAGCAAAUGUAAAGGCAGAAAAACUUUUACAGUUGCAAAACCAAACCGUACAGUAUGAAAACUUAGCACAAGAAAGUAAAAAUAACGACGCAGCCAUGCAAAAGGCAAUGAAAAGCGCAGAAUAUAUAAAAGCUAAUAAUGACUGGUUAGAUGCCCAAGCCAACGCCAAAGCAGCCCAACUUAUAGGGUCAAUAAGGACAAAAAUACAAGCGGAUGAAGACAGUUCAAAUGAAGCUUUAAUGAAUGCUGACUUUAAGAAUGCCUUCGAAGCUCUUCAUAGUAAGGUGAAACUAGUGAACGAUUUCUCAUCUGGAAAGAAACUGAAGUCUGAAGGUUUCGACAAAGAGUUAAGAGAAGUAGCACAAAAUAUGACGAAAAUAACAGAUGCAGCAACGAGACAGGCAGUUCAAAGUGCCUAUGACGCCGUUAGAGCAGCUGUUGUGGAAAGUCAAGAAAAAGAGUUACAACAGACCAAAACAGACCUAGUAAAUGCUUUCUUAAAAACGAAAAGUCAGGUAGGACAUUAUGCUGCAGAUGGAACAUAUGUGCCAGCUGGUGGAAUUUAUGUGCCAGCUGGUGGAAUUUAUAUACCACCAAACCCUCCAAGAGAAGCACCUGCACCGGGACUACCUAAAACAUUUACAUCGUCACAUGGACACAGACACAGGCAUGCACCAAAACCAACACAACAACCAACAGUUCAAAAUCCAGCACCACAACAACAACCAACACAACAACCAACAGUUCAAAAUCCAGCACAGCAACCAACAGUUCAAAACCCUGCACCACAACAACAACCAACACAACAACCAACAGUUCAAAAUCCAGCACAGCAACCAACAGUUCAAAACCCUGCACAACAACAACCAACAGUUCAAAACCCUGCACAGCAACAACCACAAACAGAGCAAAGACAUAAAAGAAGUAGAGAAAAAGGAAACCAAGAAUUCUUAAAAAUGCUUAAGGAAAAUUAU